AGGUCUGUGGGGUACAGGGGUUUGGGGGGAAGGGUGGGGGGCCUGGAGAACAAAGGCGGGGCUGCGGGGAACGCCUCUGCCCUCGCCCCCACCCAGCUGGGCACUUGGGAAGCGCUGAUGGGCGCGGGCGGGGCAGAGAGCCCAGCUGGGGACAGGCGUUGGGACCAUAUGGUGAUGGGCGAAGUUCCCGAGCCACCUGCACUGACUGGGGCGCCCCAAAUCUAAUGAAGGGGGAGAGCGGCGAGCUCCCCGAGGCUGGGCUUGAGGGACGGUCGGCAGACGGUUAGAAUGAGGACGCCCGUCUUCCCUCUCUGAGGAUUUCAGGCCUCCCUGUCCUAGGAGGCUUGGGCCAAGAUGGCAUCAGCUGGAGACCCCCCAGCAGGCCCACGAGAUGCGGCAGAUCAGAACUUCGACUAUAUGUUCAAACUGCUGCUGAUCGGCAACAGCAGCGUGGGCAAGACGUCCUUCCUGUUCCGCUACGCGGACGACUCUUUCACGCCUGCCUUCGUUAGCACCGUGGGCAUCGACUUCAAGGUCAAGACCGUCUACCGCCAUGACAAGAGGAUCAAGCUGCAGAUCUGGGACACAGCAGGCCAGGAGCGCUACCGUACCAUCACCACAGCCUACUACCGGGGAGCCAUGGGCUUCCUGCUCAUGUAUGACGUCGCCAACCAGGAAUCCUUUGCCGCAGUGCAGGACUGGGCCACACAAAUCAAGACCUACUCCUGGGACAACGCCCAGGUCAUCCUGGUGGGGAACAAGUGUGACCUGGAGGACGAACGUGUUGUGCCUGCUGAGGAUGGUCGGAGGCUCGCCGAUGACCUUGGUUUCGAAUUCUUUGAAGCCAGCGCCAAGGAGAACGUCAAUGUGAAGCAGGUCUUCGAGCGCCUGGUGGAUGUCAUCUGUGAGAAGAUGAACGAGUCCCUGGAACCCAGCUCCAGCUCAGGCAGCAACGGGAAAGGGCCGGCCCUGGGGGAUGCUCCAGCCCCGCAGCCCAGCAGCUGCAGCUGCUAGAGAUGGCCCCAACCCCCCACCCACCCCUCUCCUGCCUCGGUAGGGACUGUGAUCGAGGCAUGAGCCACAGUGGUUAUUCUCAAGCUCAGGGCAAUCCCUCCCCUCCUGUCAACUGCCCCUCAACUCCUGCAUGGCUCGCUCCUUCACUGCGUCACCGUGGCUGCCAGGUUGCUCAGGCAGCCCCGGUGAGAGGCGCCAGACCGUGGGGACUCAGCCCCGCACGGCCGGCAGGGGCCCGGGGACAUUGGCAUGCUUGAGCUUGCUGCUUUUCAGGGUGCGUUAAGAAGGGUGGCCACGGGCGACGCGUCUCACCCCGUCUGAUGGAGGGGCAUCCGUGGUGCCUUCUGGUUUAGAACCAUUUUCCAGGUCUGUUCUGGGUUGGGCAGGACUGAUAUUCCCAAGCUGGCGGAGGAGGGUUCAUCUUCCUUGCACAGUGUGGGUUCUUGGAGUUCAUCGAGGGAAGGCAGCGCCUCUUUCUCAGGUCCUGUAGGCUGGUCUCUGAGCCUGCCCCUCGAACUUUCUGGACUCCACGGUGGGAUGGUGAUUUUGACCCCUGCAUACCCUCUACUUGGAAAAGCAGCAUUAAAGCAGCCUUUCCCCAUUGUAGAAGGGACAGGGAGACAGAUCCUCUCAACCCCCCAUCCCCAGCUUCAGGGACCCCAGAAGUGCCUUCUGAGCUUCCCCGAAGAUCCACGUCACCCACAACCCUGCCACUGUUCUGAUCCUGAAUUGAAUUCUGGAACCAUGGACCACAUUAGAUGGGGCAGAGGCUCACCCAACCCCUAGCACUCUCACUCCGGGCUUUCUGCCAGAAGUUAAUUAACCUCAGAGCCAGCAGCCUGGGCCUCCUGCCCGGGCCCUGUUUGGCUGGAUGUGUUUAAAGCAAGUUCUUGCCCCAUCAUUCAUCCUGCUAGAAAAGGAAAUGAAGCAACGUACCCAGCCACGGCAGGCAGUUGUCGGCGACUUUCUGAGACAAGCAUCUGGGCUUCUCCCACUUGAGGGGCGCCCUUCGAGACCCGAUGACCAUUUCCCAAUCAUCAUCGGCAGGGCUGGGGGAUGUGACAAUUUUUGCUAAUGGAGGAGUCGCUUCUUUUUUUUUGAGAUGGUCUCACUCGGUCGCCCAGGCUGGAGUGCAGUGGUGCAACCAUAUCUCACUGCAGCCUCAAACUAGGGGUCGCUUCUAGGGGACGCUGGGGGUUGGGCGGAAGGGGCAAGGAGGUAGGGUCGAGUAACCUGCUGUCACUGCUAGUACUUUCCAGACAGCCUGGGAGGGGCAGGCCCUUAUGUGAAUGGGGGCCAUGGGCUGUGAUCAGUGCCAGGGAGUCCAUGAAGCUGGAGUCUCCACCUGCGGGGGCUUCUGCUCAGAGGUUGUGUGUUCAGUGCGAAGAUUUACAUCUUGACCUCCAGUUCAGAGACACUUUCUGCCCAUCAAAUUCCAAACUCUGGUGGCACAGCACCUUUUUUUGUUUUGCUCGCAAACACUAACCAACACCCCUUAAUAGGACCAGCACUGUGAGGAUGGCUGAGCGGAGGUUUUAUGCUCAACCUCCCCGACUUCGUUUCAAAGGCUGUGUCUCUUCUCCCAGCCCCUGCAGCCAAAACGACUUCUGCAGCUUUCGUGAGCUCAGCCUCUUCCCUGGGGUAUGUGUAAGGGGGAAAGCCCGGUUCCUGUUUAGAUUUAUUUCUAGGGAGCCCCGGUUACUUCAUACCAGAGGCGACCCUUAGAACUUCGGAGUGAGGAUAUCUUGUUUUUCAUUUUUUGUUUUUUGAGACGGAGUUUCACUCUUGCCCAGGCUGGAGUGCAGUGGCACGAUCUCAGCUCACUGUAACCUCCACCUCCGGGAUUCAAGCGCUUCUCCUGCCUCAGCCUCCUGAGUAGCUGGAAUUACAGGCACGUGUCAGCACACCUAGCUAAACUUUGUAUUUUUAGUAAAGAACGUGUUUCACCACAUUGGCGAGGCUGGUUUCAGACUCCUGCCUUCAAGUGUCCCGCUUGCCUUGGCCUCCCAAAGCGCUGGGAUUACAGACAUGCGCCAUCACACCCAGCAGAGGGUAUCUUUUUGUACCGACAAAGUAGAUGACUGAGGUGAAAUGGACAAAUCCUAUAAACACACAAAGCGAGGGUAUCUGAGAAUGUGGGCGGGAGACGAAAGUCUUUGGUUGCUUUAACACUAAAGUCAAACUAAAGCAGCUUCAAAAAGACUUUUUUUUUUUUUUUGAGACGGAGUUUCGCUCUUGUUACCCAGGCUGGAGUGCAAUGGCGCGAUCUCGGCUCACCGCAACCUCCGCCUCCUGGGUUCAGGCAAUUCUCCUGCCUCAGCCUCCUGAGUAGCUGGGAUUACAGGCACACGCCACCGUGCCCAGCUAAUUUUUGUAUUUUUAGUAGAGACGGGGUUUCACCAUGUUGACCAGGAUGGUCUCGAUCUCUUGACCUCGUGAUCCACCCGCCUCGGCCUCCCAAAGUGCUUGGAUUACAGGCUUGAGCCAUCAAAAAGACUUCUUAGAAUGCAAUAUGGACUGUUGAUGUUUUUCUGUUCUUUUUUUUUUUUGAGUUGGAGUCUCGCUCUGUCACCCAGACAGGAGUGCUGUGGUGUGAUCUCAGCUCACUGCAUCCUCCACCUCCUGGGUUCAAGCAAUUCUUCUGUCUCCACCUCCUGAAUAUCUGGGACUACAGGCACCUGCCGCCACACUCGGCUAAUUUUUGUAUUUUUAUUGGAGACAGGGUUUCACGAUGUUGGCCAGGCUGGUUUUGUUGGCCAAUUGUCUCUAAACUGCUGUCAAAAAAAAAAAAAAAAGUGGAUCAGAUUGUCUUGAAUACGGCAGAGCUGACCUGUCACCUCCUGCAUGAUAAGAAACAGUUUGGGCUGCAUCUUGCUCCUUACCUGGCCUCAGCUUUCUGUUUCCAUAAGAUUUUUUUCAAGAGUUCAACUUCAAGUAGCAGCUGAGAGGCUGCCUCAGGAUUCUCACAAAGACUGGGAAUCAUAUGGGAACAUUUGUUUCUUUUAAAAAUAAGGCAAAUGUUACAGUGAAUGGCUUUGGGAGUGAGGGUUAAUUGGAGAUAGUCUCUAGGUGAAAUUGUUGUUUUUACAGGUUACCUCUGGGGAAUGGAGGUUUGUCGAGUUUACAGACACAUUAAACCAAAGGCCGAGGGAAAAUCCCUCUCCAGCUCCAGGGGUUGAAGUCAGGACCACCCGCCCACCAGUGCCUUCCUCACUUUUAGCAGCUUGUGUUUCCACGGGCAGUUUUGGUGGGAAAUUGCCAUGACCACAGCGGUUUGGAGUUCUGUUUUUUUCCUUCUUUUUGGGAGGACUGGGGGAAACUCCUCCCAAGAUCACGUUCUAGCAUCUUUCUCUCCUACUCCAUUUAGAAAAAGCAAGUAAAAGGUAAAAUGUGGUCUCAGUGUGAAAGCGAUAACUCCCCUACUGGCUCCUCCCUGAGAAAUACACUACGGAGUGAGGUCUGCCUGGUCAUUUCUAUCCUGGAUGUGGUUCUUCUGUGUAGCAAUUCCUUGAUGUCCAGUUUGGGAAGAUGUGCUCUUUUCUCCACAAGGAAACAUUAAAUUCAUCAUGCCCAAA